CAACGAUUCUUCCUGCGGUUGUGCCCCCACAGCGUUUUCGGCCCCGCAUGUCAGUGAGCGUGGUAACCAUACCCUUGUACGUGACAACACGUUAUCCGGAAAGUGGAAACUGACGUCAGGGAAGCUGCCGUAGAGCGCGCGGCGCUGUCCCUUCUGCAGCGAGUCUACGGUUGACUUUUGCCCUCUAUCCUUAGGAUCAUGCGGCGCGGGAGUGUACUGCAUAAAUACAAGCCGGAGAUAGCACUCCAGUCCAGUUCCAGUGCUAGCUCUACCGUUUCUCUUCGGCUCGAGCAUCCAUGGACGCGGUGCGAGGAAGCGGUGCGACGCCGGCGGACCAGACAGUCCAGACGACAGGCACGGCGGCCGCCGCGCUGCUCAACGCGCUUGCCAGGGAGUUUGUGCCCAUGGGCGCCGCCGCCGACGUGCUGAACCCACUCGCCAAGGAGUCUUUGCCCGUGGGCGCUGCCGCCGCGUUUAACCCGCUCGCCAGGGAGUUCGUGCCGUGGUGGCGCGUUGGGGGCGGAUCAAGGAGGGGGCUCUCCGCGGACGCGCCGGAGUUCGUCGUGACGCAGGGGCUCUACUUGCAGGAUCCCACGGUGGUCGGCUACCCUGCACACGGCACCGGCGUCUACAUCGGCAAUGCCGUCCCAACGAGGACCUGGAGAAGAUCAUCAAGGGUUAGCAACUACUCGCAACAGGGAAGGGCCAGGCAUUCUUACCGGGUUCAAAGGAUCCACAACGAAGAAUUUGUGAGAAGAACAACUUAUGUUGGCGAUAUUGAUCACACCGUCACCGAAGAAAUGUUGGCUGGGCUCUUUGGUAUAUGCGGAGUCGUUGUAGAUUGCCGUCUUUGCGGAGACCCCACUUCUGGUUUUCGCUUUGCAUUCAUAGAGUUUCAGUAUCAGGGGGAUGCGUAUCUUGCGCUGCAUCUUGAUGGGAUCAUUAUAGGACUUCACCCUCUGAAGGUAGCACCUUCUAGGAAUGCAAUCGUGCCUAUCAAGCAUUCGUUUCUUCCUCGGCCUCAAGAGGAAAAGGAGAGGUCUUCAAGGACAGUAUAUUGAAUUAAUAUUGAACAUAUGGUCACUGCCGUCGAGCUAAAGGACUUCUUCCAAACAUAUUUUGGCUCGGUUUCUCAUGUAAGGCUUUUGGGUCAUAACAACCAUGCCACUCAAAUAGCUUUUAUUGAGUUCGUGGAGGUUAGUGGCACUAUUAUUGCUUUGAGCUCCAGCGGCAUAUACAUGAGAGGCCUUCCUAUCAGGGUGGUCCCUUCAAAGACACCAAUCAGGACAACCUUCAAUGCUAAUCUGCGCCUUGAUAAUUAACUGUUGCCUCUCUAUCAGUUGUGCCUUAGAAAAUGAGGUGUUUUAUCUAGAGGCCAACUCGUCAACUACCCGUUUAGGCAAUUGAUGCAUGUGAAUGCUAGUUCAGUACUAUGUUGUCGAUAUUAUAGUCCUCCUAGACUCUUGUACCCGAACAGAUGAUGUCAGACUUUCACAGAACACAUACCUUGACAUAAUCUUGAAGGAGUUCAAGAUGGAUCA